UAGAAAAUCGAUUCAAUGCUAUAAAUAAGACCAAAAACUUGCGAAAAGCGUUACGGAAUAAGCAAUUAUUUGUUGGAAAACAUAUCCAAAACAAUCUGUUGGACACAAAUGAGGACCAAUUGGAGGAAUUAACGUCUCAACAAAAACCAAUUUACUAUUCAUGCGCUGAUAUGGAGUGCGAGGCCGGAGGUGUUUGCAUAUUGGAUGAAAAACAUUUAGAUAACAGAAUCAGAUGUCGGUGUCCUUUAGGCAGAGGGGGCUUCUUCUGCGAGAAACCGGUUGAAAUACGGUUUCCGCGGUUCAGAGGGACGUCUUAUUUAGCGCUACCGACGCUAAGAGAUGCCCACCGAUCGAUGCAAAUCAACAUUCACUUCAAACCCGAACAUUACGACGGCGUUGUCCUCUAUAGUGGCGAACAACAGACUCUUGAGGGAGACUUCAUUUCACUGACACUCAAUCAAGGAUUCGCUGAAUUCAGAUUUGACUGCGGAAUGGGUGAUGGAGUGAUCAGAAGUGAUAUGCCUGUGGUUCUCAACUCUUGGAAUACGUUAACUAUAUAUAGGGACGGAUGGAUGGCAUGGAUGCAACUAAAUCAAGGGCAACAGAUCUCUGGGCAAUCGAAAGGCCUCUUCUCGCGGAUCACGUUUCGUUUGGAGACAUUUUUGGGCGGUUCGCCAAACAUCACACAAAUCGCCAAAAGAGUUCAUUCAAGCAAUGGAUUCAUUGGAUGUGUUCGCGGACUACAGAUUAAUGACAGAACUUAUGACUUUCGCUCAGAUAAUAGGGGCGACACUAUUGAUGGCGUUGAUAUUGAGAUGUGCACUUCAGACGUUUGCAAUAAAAUCUCAUGUCUUAACAAUGGCCAGUGUGUGGCCCUCUCUCCCGAUAAAGGCAUUUGUUUGUGUCCUUUGGAGACAGAUUUCAUGAUUCCUUCGUUCAACGGGUCGUCAUAUUUGCAAUUCCCAGGACUCGGACGCACUUUCCUGUCGUUUAUUGAAGUGAAGAUUGUAUUGAAACCAAUUUCACCAAAUGGUCUCUUCCUUUAUAAUGGCAAUCGGAUGGACGGCAGCGGAGACUUUGUUUUGCUUAAUUUGAUUCAUGGAUUCGUUGAGUUUCGCUUUGACUUAGGGUCGGGUCCGGCAGUCAUUAGGAGUCGACAUCCGAUUGCGAUGAAUGAAUGGCAUACUAUCGUCAUAUCGCGCACCGGAAGGCAGGGAAUACUUCAGGUGAAUGACGAGACGCCUGUAACCGCACACUCUUAUGGAGCCUUCUCUCAAAUGUCACUUUCACUCAAUCUCUUCGUUGGAGGCGUUCCUGACUUCAAAGACAUUCAGCGAAACGCUUUCGCCACUAAUCUAUUCAGUGGUUGUAUUCAAUCAGUUAUUGUCAACAAUCGACCGCUUUUGCUAUUAGAAGAAGCCCUGUCUGGAGUCAAUGUAGUCGACUGUCCACACCAUUGUAGUGGUCAGCCCUGUCUCAAAGGUGGUCGAUGUGAACCACAACUUGACGCCUAUCUCUGUCACUGUCCGCUCAGGUCUUUUGGCAAAAAUUGUGAACAAGGCAUCGAUGAUCUGGACGUGAAUCCGAUGUUUUACGGAAACAGUUAUUUUGAAUUCACAAAUGAAGAGAUCAUGAAGAGAGUGAUUGGCUCUAAGAUAAGCGUUGAGCUGAGAGUACGUGCCUUUAGCCCCGAAGGUGUCAUCUUUUGGACAGGCGUUAGAGAGUCGACGGGUUUUAGUGAUUGGUUUUCCAUCGGUUUAAGCGAAGGAUUCGUUAAAUUAGGUUUCGAUUUGGGUUCGGGAGAAGUGGAGACCGUGUAUAACGUGAGCCGAAUAGAUGACGGCCAGUGGCACGACAUCCAUGUGCUCCGACAUCAACGUCAGGCCUCUAUCAAAGUGGAUGACAAUAUCCCAUAUAAGGCCACAUCUCCCGGAUCUCAAAUCCAAUUAAAUACAAAAAGUGGAUUAUUCUUAGGGGGUUUAGAAGACACUCCCAUUCAGACGUUUAAUAAAUACAAAAGAGGUUUUAUCGGUUGUGUAUCGCAUAUAAUACUGGCCACUGAUUAUCACAUAAAGCCUAUGAGUGAAGCCAUUCGUGGCAUUAAUAUAAGAUCUUGUGUUUAAUAUGUGGUGUUUGAGAGACUAACAGACUUUUAUACCACCACUACCUCAACCCUUAUGGACGACUUCUAAUUGCAAUAAACAACUAAUUAUUAUAUAAUUAGCAAAUUAUCGGCAAAAACCUAAACUGUGAUAAUCAUAUUAUGCUUCACAACUAUUGUAAUUUAUAUGAAAUAUUUAUAUUAUUUGUCCAUCGAUUCAAUCGUCGAUUCAUUUAAUUAUCAAAUAUUUUUGUUCAAAUGAACGGUAAAACCAAAAACACAAUCAAGUCAUCAAAACAAACAAUUUGG